AUGGGCCCUUCUAUGUUACCCACUUUUAACGAAAUAGGCGAUGUCGUAGCUCAAGAACACAUUAGUCCACGACUAGGCCUUUUAGAAAUCGGCGAUGUGGUUGUAUGCGUGUCGCCCACGACACCCGGAAGGUCUGUAUGUAAACGGAUAUUAGGCAUGCCCGGUGAUUACAUUUGCGUCGAUCCAACAGAAAGAAAUCGAAGAUACUUGACGGUACCUCGAGGCCACGUCUGGCUUCAAGGCGAUAAUAUGAGUAAUUCUACGGAUUCUCGAUCAUAUGGACCUGUUCCGUAUGCCUUGAUACGUGGUAGAGUUUUUGCAAAG